AUGGAUGCAAAAGUGUGGUUGAUAACAACUGGUUUUAUCCGAAGUUUUAUCUCUGCUUAUAGUAACGAUAAGGAUGAAGAUGAUAAUUAUGCAUCAAAAUUACAUUCUGUAUAUAGAACACAUUUACACGAGGAAGAGGGUGGACUUUACUCUUCAGGUUCGCUUUUGGAUCAGACUAAUGUGAUUCGCGAAACCUCUAAUGGGGCAGUCACGUCACGGAGCUCGCUUACAUGA